CAACGAUAGUUUCUUAAUAAUCUAAAAGAUAAUAAAAUUACAGUAAAAAGAAGAAUUAAAUUGUGGGAAAUGUUUUGGUUUGCAAUGCAUUAUUUCAGAUUUCGUGAAAUUGCUAUACAUAUAAAGAUUAGUCACAGCGUGUUCUAACAGACACACGGUAUUUUUAAACAUAACAACAAAGUUCGGUAUCAGGUAUCAGUAAUUAGUCGUGCGGAGGAACGAAAAAUCUUUUAAUUACCCUGUAUGUGUUAAUGAAGUAUAUAAAUUAAAUAUUUGCAGCGCUAUAUUAAGACAAAAUCAAUAUUAUUACUAAGUAAAUAGGUAGCGUAUAGGUAAGGUAAUCAAAAGGUAAAGUUUGACUUUGACCUAAAGAACUUCAACGUUAUAUAUUCCGUGGGUCUAAAGCAAAUGGUACUAUUACGGCAAAGGUGUUUUCUGUUGAUAAUGAAAAUGGACUGUCAUUCCUUUUUAUGCUAAACCAUAGUGAUAUGAAAGAAUAAUGUCGAUAUUAAUAUAAACUCGAAUAAAGAAAUAUGUAGGCAUUUGAAACAAUUUUGUCAAUACACAUUUAAAUUACAGGUAUGUUUCUGCGUAAUCUAUUAUAAUUCCAUAUACAUAUUAUGGGCUAUGUUACUACUGUAUGGACCUGCUUAAAAAUAUCAGUCCAUUGUGUCCAUCACCCUGACAAUUUUCACCGGCUUCCCAAGCUUAAGUCGUUUACCACACAAGACAUGGUCACAAUAUUAUAUGAAAUAAAAUUUAUAAAAAUAAUUGUCACUAUUAUAUCGAACGAGCACAACCCUACAGUAUAGGUACUCUGUGCUAUAGUUAUUAGACGCAGUGACGCUCGAAGCCCGGCGCUAGUCAGUGGCGCGCCGCCCGCAAACAUGAUUGCAUGUAUUUUACUUUCCUAACAUAACGUGACUUUAAUUACAACGAAACGAAAAAUACGAUCAAUAAACAUUCAGUGAAAACAAAUCUGUUCUUAAAUCAAUAUAUUUACUCGUGGUAGCUUAAAUAUAGAAAUCAAUCAAUCCGUCAAUAUAAUCACACCACCGGUGUCAACAAUGUAGCCAUAGUGAUAGAUAUAAAUGUUGACUAGUUGACAAUUUGAAAUAUAAAUAUGUAAUAUUUUUUCAUGUUUUAACUGUAGGACUAGGAUAUAUUGCCGACAAUAAGUUUAAUUUAUAUGGUUGGUUAAGAAAAAUCAAAAAUGGGAAAUGGAAUGAAUAAGGUGCUUCCAGGGCUUUACGUGGGUAAUUAUCGAGACUCAAAGGAUCCCGUACAAUUAGAUAAAUAUAAAAUAACGCACAUACUCUCCAUCCACGACGCCGCACGAAGGAUACAUUCGGAUAAGCACUAUUUAUGUAUAAUGGCAUCAGAUUCGCCAGAUCAGAACUUAACACAGUACUUUAGUUUGUGCAACGACUUCAUACAUGCGGCGAGGCUCCGUGAUGGCAAUGUCCUAAUACAUUGUUUAGCUGGUAUGUCGCGUAGUGUGACAGUGGCUGUUGCGUAUAUAAUGUCGGUGACACCGCUGACGUGGCGAGAGGCGCUAAAGGUGGUGAGAGCUGGUCGCGCCGUCGCCAAUCCUAACCUGGGCUUCCAGAGGCAGUUGCAAGACUUUGAAACUUAUAAGCUAGUUGAAGAAAGACGAAGAUUAAAAGAACGAUACCCGUCCUUAGCACUUGCUGAUCGAGAUCUCGCAGAAUGCCGUGUGAUGCUCGACUCCUAUCAGACAAUGCUCAACCAGAGGACGAUUUGUGAGGGCAAGUGCGCUAUGGGCAGACAGUGCCCAACAGGUGUAUGUAGAACAGGAUCCAAGAGGCAGCCAAGGCCGCGUCGUCCGUCCACUUCUUCUGGGGAACCUGGACUAAAGCGUUCUCCUUCAACACUGUCCACGGCUUCUUCUGCCUCGGGAUAUCGUCCGCGGUCUUCGCCGGCUGGUCUUUAUAGUUACACAGGCACACCUUCACGACCCACUCGGUCAGCGUCUGGGCUCAGCAUCACACGUAUCACCGAUCCCGUGGGAGGAGGCACUGCCAUGGCAGUUGGUGGCACGGAGUAUUCCAGACGUAGAGCUGCCUCUGCACCAGCGACACCAGCUUUAUCACCGGCUUCAUCACCACCUGGAUCGCCGCAUAGGUCGACGCACAGACCUGGAUGUGCAUGGACGAUACCGAAUGUGCAUUGGGAUCCAGAAUCCAUGUGAUCAUCAUUCAAAAACCACCAUUCAUCAGAUCUCGAGCGCUUCAAAGGUGUUCGUAGCAUCGCACCAUUCAAGUAAAUAUCCGGCCAUUAUCCUAUUUAAUUAGCACAAACGUCGAUAGCUUUGAUAUACCAUGAAAAAUGUGGACAAAGCCACCCAUGGCUUAGUAAAGAUACGGCGAUGAAGAUUUUAAAGUUUGUUAUCUGUUGUUGUUGAAUCCAGUAUUGCGGAUGUUGUUAUGGACUGUGGUCUAAAGUUGAUAAUAAAAUUAAAUAUGUCAAACACGCUAUUGCUACUUGCGCUGCAGGAUCUAUUCUCUCUGCUUUAUAACUUGCCUAGAAUGUUGUCGGAUCCGUCAUUAAGCUGAGCUGUUGAGUGGAAAUUUGAUGUGAGAGUGUCAUAUGACGUAGUUUUUAAGAUGAGUCAAUGCUCAACUUAAUGUCAUUCUCAUGCUCAAUGGCUUGAGCAGUGCCUGUGUUGAGCUUGGAAUGGCUUGAGCUUGGCCGUAAGAACUAUUAUGAUUCUUCCGCUGUUACAUAGUUACUUGAGCUUGUGAUAACUAGAGGUGAAUAACAACUUUAUCCAGGGCCUUGUUCACGACUGACGAAAAGUGAUUUUGUCUUAAGCCCUCUUUGAAGCUUAGCUAAGACCUACCGCAUGUUACACCCUCCGUCAAUUGUCAGUUUGACAAUUUACCGAAUUUAUUUUGAUACAGAAAUAAAUUCAAAAAGAACAAAUAUCAAUUGUUAAAUUUUGAGAGUAACUCCCACAGAAAACUGGUCCUAAAAUUCAAAGCGCAAGAAAUUGUGAUUUCCAAUCUCUUCAUACUUAAUAUAUGUAUAUCCUAAUUCAACUACUGUUCGCGCAACAGUGAACAUCCUGCGAAAAAUUUGUAAAUACAUAUCUGCUUUGUUUAAUAGCUAUAGAUUUGCAAAACUAUACUUUAAAUAUUAAGACUAGUAAAAAAAGGCUAGUGAUCCUUAAAUAGGUGAAUGCUGAAAUCUGUUCCUAUCACUUUCGCGAUAUGACGCUCAGUUUAGCACUCUUAAUUAGAGUUAAUAGUAAUUAUUUAACUUUUGAAAAUACACGUUAGUUUCUGAAUUCUAAUAAAUAACGUGUCCAUUAGUAACGCUUUAUUAAUAUACGAAUGAAGGUCUUUAGGUCAAACCUAAUAUAUAUUGCCAUACGCAGCAAAACACGUUCUCUAGGCGUCAAAUAUCGCGGCCAUUAUGCGUCUCAAGUAACAAUCUAGUGUUUUGUUUCGUCCUUAAUAUCUUGAAUCUUCUCUAUCUUGUAGUAUUUCUCCUCUAAUGUAAAUAAUAUUUAAUGUAAUAUCCAAUUUUUCAAGUGUUUUAAACGAAACAUUUUCCUAAUAUUUUUUUGUACUAUCAUGUCUUUGCUCAAAAAUAGUUUGACUUUUCUAUUUAAUACAUUUUUCGCUUAGUUUACAUUUUUAGUUGAUUAGUGUUUUUAAUGUGUUUUUUGUAAAUUUUACUGAACAUUAACGUUUUAGAGUCUGUGCGGGAAGAUAAUCAGCGUUAUGCAAACUCAUUGAUUCAAAAAAAUGCUAUUCCUUUUUUCAUAUAAGACUUUACGUAAUGAUAAUAAAAAGGUAAUUAACCUGCCACCUCGAAAACCACGACGGUUCUCUUUUCGCACAGACUAGAGCUGAGAUACAGAUUUAGCACAAAGUAUGAUUACUACCUAGACUCCCGUAUGUCAGAAUCAAUACAUUUUUAACACACGACAGUCACACUGUAUCUGACAGUUCAAAUUAACGCUAAUGUCACAUUGAAAUUUUAUUAUAAAUUGUUAAUGUAUUUGAAAUUUGUUGGUAGUAUCGUCUAUAAUCACAUUUAAGUUAUUGUAUAUUAAAUACAUUUUAAUGUCGGUGUUUCAGUUGUAAGCAAGGACAGACUGAUCACAUGUUGUGACGAAAAUAAGUUGUGAAGUUUUGCAUAUCUCUUCUCUUUUUAGCUUAGCUUAGUUUAAGAAUGGUGAUUUAGAUGCCUUUUUUACGCGCACAUGGUUCAAAACCGCUGUUCAAUUCGGUGUAGGUAUUCGUUAAAUAUUAUAAGAUUGUAACCUGGUCACGACAGCUACCAUGCAUCCUAGAUUUUGUUCCCAAUGGCAUGUCGACAAGUUGGGAUAAACUUUCCAAUAUGACCGGUCGAUUUGAAUGCUCACAUUUUUUUUGUAGAUAGUACUUACCAAAAGAAAGCGUUUUGUAAAGUAUUAAGUUGCGGAAACUUACUGUUCAUGAGAUAUAUUUAUUUAUACUUUGCAUACAAAUGGACAAAUAUCAUGCCAUAACACGCCAUUACACAAUAAAUUUGACAAAUAACUGAUGUCAAAUGUCAACCAU